CGGCCCCCUCGCCUCCGCAUGGCUGUGCGCGGUGACGUGUAAGUGACGCAAACGGCGGGCGUGCCGGCGGCGGCGGCGGCGGCUCGGGGCCCCUCCCCCAGAAGAUGGCGAGUCUGUGCGGGCGGCAGGAGUGCUCCAUCGAGAGGCGCGGCUUCCGCCACCAGCUCGACUCGUGGCGACACCGGCUGCUCCGCUGUGUGGGAUUUGAAAGUAUUCUAGAAGGGCUUUUUGGACCCGAAUUAUUAAAAGAUCUCAGUUUGUUUGAAGACUUUGAACCUGAGGGUGUCUCUGAUUGGUCAUUUGAUGAAAAUUGUCUUUUCUGCUGUUUGAGAAGAGAGAAAGUGAAGUUGUGCUCCUGCAGGAAAGAAUGGAACAGAGUUGUUCGAUCAGCGGUGCUAGAACACUUAGUCAGUCUGGAUGAACCAGCUUUGGAAGUUGGGCACCAAGCUCUGCUUAGACAAGAGCAAGCUAAAAUCAUUCGGUUCGAGAGGCAAGCGGAAGAAUUUCUCCAUGCAGUCUUUUAUCGAAAAGACAGUCAUGAGGUCUCUGACCCCAACAUUCCCCUAGUGGCCCGUGAGAUAAUGCAGCGGAUGAUUCGACAGUUUGCUGCUGAAUAUACCUCAAAAACUAGCUCUACUCAGGACUCCAGCUCGCCCAAUAGCACAAAGAACCAAAGCCUGCUGAAAGCAUCUCUGGUUGCCUCAUCCCCUGUGGGUGCAACGGCUCAAAAUCCUGUGCUCAGCAAACUUCUCAUGGCUGACCAGGACUCGCCCUUGGACCUCACUGUCAGAAAGUCUCAGUUGGAUCCUUGCGAACAAGACGGGGUGCUUGAUCUAUCCACUAAGAAAAGUCCAUGUGCAGGCAGUGUCUCCUUGAGCCAUUCACCUGGCUGUUCCGCUACUCCUGGGAAUGGUGAGGAUGCAGCAGAGGCAAUUGGAAUAGAUUGUCUUGGCCAGCCGAAAUCUCCAUUGGAAAAAUUUAUGGUCAGACUGUGCACAUACCAUCAGAAGCACUUUGUCCGUGUGCUGAACGAUAUAUGCACUGAAGUACAGACAGGCUGCGAGGGGCAGCAGUUACCUGGAUCAGAAAACAUGGAUGUGUCCACUUGUAGCUCAGGCUGCAGCCAGUAUCGCGCUGAGAACCAGACUGUUGGAACUUCUUGCUCUGAAUCAAAGCUCUCUUCAUCCCUAGACCCAGAACAAUCAGGGCCCCAUGGCUCUCUGCGCAUACUAUGCCAUGCCCUGAAGCAGGCUGUGGAUCUGAAAUCUACAGACAGAAGAGAAAACUGCAGCCCUGUUGUCAGAAGAGAAUUCCCUGAGCUUCCUAGCAUUAGAACAAGUUCCGCAAGUCCCAGGGACAGUCCCACUCAAGGAUACCUCACUGCCUCCAACUCUCAUUAUUCUGCUAAAAGCUUGGAAGGGCAAACCCUUGGUAGUGAGCAAGAGAUGGGGGUCAGGAAAGGUGAGGAUGACAAAGACCAGGCGCAAAAUAGAGCUUUGCUAGGAGGCUACAUUGCUGUGAAAGGUUCAAAUGUACACAUGAGCGAGGAUAGUCUGGAAGGUCAUGUGGGCUGUCAGAAGAACACUUUUAAAGCUUUCCCAGAGGAGACCUGGGAACCAGGCUUCACCACAAACUCCCCUCGGAGAGCAGACAAAGAGAAUGCCUUGCAAUGCAGCUCCAAAGCCUCUUUGCACCCAGAUACUGAAAUGAAUGACCAGGAAGCAAGACUGAAGGCAGACAACCACCUCCAGGCUUCAGGGAAAAACAAGGGAAGCUAUAACGUGCAAGCUGUUGACAAGAAUCAUGUGGAGAAUGCUAAAGAUAGUUGGCUAUCCACUAGCCCUGUGCCAGUGGUUCAUCACAAAACCACCAAUGGACACUCCAGGACCAAGAGCAACUCAUCUUCCACCAAAAGCACACGUAAAAGCAAAAGGCCUUCAGGGCUAAGGAUAAAUGACUAUGACAACCAAUGCGAUGUUGUUUAUAUCAGCCAGCCAAUUACAGAAUGUCACUUUGAGAGCAAGAGAGCAAUCUCAUCUAGGAAGACAGCAAGGAAGAGCACGCGUGGGUACUACUACAAUGGGGAGUGCUGUGAGCUUCCCACAGUCCGCACCUUGGCCAAGACUUCCCAUGUGCAGGAGAGUGGGAACAUCCUGGCACCAAGACUUGAGGUGCUAGCAAGCCCUAACCAGGGAGCUUCCUUUCCAGGUGAUAGCUACUUAGCAGCAGCCCAAGUUGUGAGUGGCGAAGGUGACAAAAUAUCUUCCAUGGUGGUCCUCCCUCAAGAAGAUUCCUCUAACAGCAGUACUCAGGAAAGAACUGAACCAUGUCCAGCUGAGAGGACCCCUCCUGAGGCAAGUUUUGUGAAGGAGAGAGCAGUUAGUUCUGCUGAAACAUCCACAGUUGUUCCCUCCCCACUCCCCUGCCCUGUGCUGCAUGCUGAGGAAGGCAGCUUGUCUGUUUCUUCACUUCAGACCACUGUUGUCUGCCCCCAUCAACUGAGUGAAGGGGUGCUGCAGGACGAAAUGGAUGCAAGUACUGUGCUGGAGGCUGACAAUGGCAUGGACUCCUAUAAGAGUAGCAGAUCCAAUGAAGACAGUGGCAACAUAGAAGAUUCUCUAGUGUUAUCUGCGUCAGAAGCUGUUGAUGGUGAGGAAAGCUCCAUGUUCUUGGAGAGUGAGACUACCCCAGAGCUUUCUGUUCUUCCAGACAAGGAGCUUCCUGGUAGCAUGGCCCUGUUGCUAUCUGAAGACCUUGCCCCUAGAAUGGACUCUGUGCCUCCACUGGAGGAACCUGCUUCUGUUGAAGACUUGCCACCAUUAGUAGAGCCACCCUCUGAUGUUGAGCCCCCGCUUCUUUCCCGUAUAGACUUGGCAGAGCCUCCGGCAGAGCCCCCUGCCCUUGUCAGUCUGGACCCUUCUCUAGCCUUCCCUCCAGAGCUCCCUUCUAUCCCAGAGAGUGUGUGUCCAGGGGAGCUUGCUGCCAGCUCAAGGGUAGCAUCUCCUGCCACUGUGGUGCCCGAGCCUCCUGCUCAUAUUGACCUGGAGCCCUCUAAGCCUCCUUCUGUGGAAGUCUCAGUGGCAGUCCAUGGCGAGUUAGAUUUGGAGUGCCCACAGCCCCUGUCUGACUCAGAUGCUGCAGAGCUACCUGGCAGUUUGCAAGGUGCAAAUGCCCAUGAAAGCAUUAAUACUGAAAAUAGUACUGAAAGGAUUCAGGAUGGAGGGGAAAGCCACUGUGGAGAAAGUGAGGCUAUGUUGCCUGUUGCAGUUAUUGAUGCAGAUUGGGGAGAGGGGAUGGUGAAAGAUACAAGUGAAACUAGCAAGGCGGAUGAUGGAAGGGAAGCCAAUAGUGAAGUUCCACCAGUGCCCAAAACAUCAGAAACAGGCAGUGAGGGAGGAGCUUCUUCCAAAACAAAUCCAGACAAAAAACGAAAGCGGGAGAAGAAACCUCAGAUUGCAUCUGAUCGCUGUCUUCGAAGCCAGCAGUCCAUGUCACCUGCAGAGAAUAGUCCUGAGCAGUCCUCUCCUUCCACCUCUCUACAGCUUCCUCAGCUUCAGAUCAAGCUUUCUAAAAGCCCUGGUGCUAAGCGCUUUAAGAGGGAGGUGCAUCUUGAUGGCGCAGCAUCCGUGUGUUUUCCAAAUGACAGAUUCCACAAGACACUGCUAAACAACAUUGGGGAUUCCCUUGAGCAACAGUCAGGUGACAGAAAUGACAUCACAAUGAGACAGGCCUAUACAUCACUGUUAGCAAAGAAGGCUGUAGUAGAGGAAGGGCAGAAUGGAGAAGGCAACAAGAAUAAGGCAGGGGCAAUGCUUGAAAUCUGUUUAGAGGCUAAUUCUAACAGGAGAAGUGUUCAUGUCCCAGUAGGAACCUCUGAUAAAGCUGAAAAGCAGACAGAUUUGAAGUCAAGAGUUUCAGAGAGCUCUGACAAUACUAUGGAGGUUACAGAGGUGGUGCACACCCAGUGUGAGUCCAGUUGUCCCUCAGAUGCUGGUAGCAGGAGUGAGAGCAAGCAUGUACCACUAGAGAGAUCAGUGAAAUAUAAGAAGCCGGCUCUCCAGUUCUAUAACUUGAGACAUGCCCCUGCCCCAACCCCAGCCCUUGUGGCCACUGCCUCAAAAAGCACUUCAGGAAAGGAAACUGUACAAGGAGAUUCUAAUGCCAUGACUAUACAUGCAGACUCUAAUGUCACAGAGGAACAAAAUGCACAGAAUGAAGACACCAUUGCCUUUAGCAGCACAGAAGUGCUUUCUGACAACAGGCCUAGUUUUGUGGAAUGGUGUGCUGAGGAAGAGAACCAAGAACUCAUAACUAAUUUUAAUGCUCAGUACAUGAAGGUCCAAAAAGGGUGGAUUCAGUUAGAGAAGGAGGCCCAGCCAGCUCCAAAGGUAAAGAAUAAGUCUGACAAGCUGAAAGAGAUCUGGAAAAGCAAGAAGAGGACCCGGAAGUUCAAAGGGUCCACUGAAGUCCAGAAGCUCUCCCCUGUUCAGAUGCUGUUCAUGAAGGGUUUUGACAUGUCCAAUAUCUGCAAAUGGUUUAUGGAGACAACUGAAACCAAGUCUCUGGUCAUUGUGAAGAAGAUGAACACACGUCUCCCAGGGGACAUUCCCCUCAUCAAGCUUCCACUCCAGAAGGGCUGUUCCUCUGGUAUCUAUCCCAGCUCACUUCAAGCUGAACGUCUAAAGAAACAUCUGAAGAAGUUUGCUGCUAUGACCCCAGCAAAAAACACCAUAAAGACUCAACGGCUGUGGGCUAGGUUUCGAGAGAGCACUGAGGACCCUGAGCCAGAGCAAGCUGCCAGUUCAAAGCAGGCACUUCCCUCUGACGUAAGUUUGGAGCAUGCCGUUGAAGUCAAGAGUAUCCAACCUCCUCCUAGCAUGCCGGUGCAGACCAGCUCGCGGAUCCUGCGGAAAUACUCCAACUUGCGAGGCAAACUUCGUGGCAUCCACAGGGUAGUCAAGCAGGACAAGAGUGACAGUGUGGCAAAGCAUCUCUCAGCUGAAAGCAAGCCAAGGAGCAAGAGUCUGUGCAUUAAGCCACUGGUGUCUCCAAAACUGGCCCAGCAGGUCAAAGCCCCUCCAAUUCCUACUAAAUCAAAUCUGGUUGAAAGAGGAGGAAAGGGAAGAAAAGGGAGAAGCAAGUUACAGGAGGACACCUCAUCUAAAGGCAACCUUCAGCAAAGUAAAAAGAAGACAUUGAAUGAGAGCAGCAAGUCUCAGGGGCCAUUGGGCACUUCAAGCAAAGAAAGGCUUCCUCUUCAGAAAGCCAGUAAGCUGAAGCAUGUGGGAGCUCCUACAACCAGGAAGCAGGUGGCUGCAGAGAGAAGUCAUAAGACUGCAUCUUUGAAUGAGAAGGGAAAGAAACGGAUUGACUUGCGACCUGGGAAAAGGAAGCCCCCCACCCAGAAAGAGAAAGCAAAGGCCAGCCAAAAGGCUAUCCUGCCUUCCAAGAAAGAAGGGCUCGUUAAGCCUCUAAAGCAGAAAGUAGUGCGAGAAUCCUCCAGCCGACCUCCUAAAGCGGCUGCUAAAAAGGCAAGCAGUGGCAAAGCUCUGACGAGGUCAAUGAAGCAAAUUCAGGAGAGCAGCAAAGCUCAGAGCAAAAGGAAGCUGAGGGCCAACAAAGACUCUUUGCCCAGCAAGCGCAGGCGGCUGGAGUCCAAGUAACAGGCUGGGAAUGGAUAGGAAGUGGGCCAUAGAAAUCCUUCCAAAUGCAUUAAAUGGAUCCACUUUUGAAUAUGGGCGGGGGGGGGGGUUAGCUAAAGGCCUAACCCUCUAUCUCUCUCUGUUUAUGAGGAAUCCCCUAGCUGUGUUGCAGCCAAGCAGGGGGACUGUUCUCUACUGCUGAGAAGGAAAGUUACUGCUUUUGAAAAGCUCCUGGAGUUGAAUUAGGAGUUUGGUAGUUUCAUUUCAAAGUACAGUGCCUUAUUUAUCCUUUUUAGGAAAUAAAUAAAUUAGUCUGUGUGAUUUAAAGGCUGGCAGUUUAUAGUUAAUGCACAAGCACUUGAACUGUAAUGGAAAGAGAACCAGCUUUCAUGCACAUCCCACAGACCUUGGCCGCCCACCUGCUGGGGUUCACACAGGAGCAUUUUCUUCCUUUUGUGCAUUGUAGCAUUCUGACUCUGUUUAAUCUGAGCAGGGCAUUAUGAAGCCAAAACCCAAAGCAUUUGCAUCCUUUAAUGCUGUUCUUUAUUAGCCAGUCAGAAUUGUGUACGUUGUUGUUGAGGAAUUAACAUGUGUGUAACUAGGGCUUGGCUGUAACCUAGCCUGGCCCUUGUGUCAAAACGAUGCUGUUUCUGAAGCAUCAAUGAUUGACAGCCAACUUUAUUCUUAUCCAAGAAAGGAGCUGGACCUAUGUUUGGAUAGAGAACCCUUCCCUGUUAGUACAUGCACAUUGCCUGCCUCUUCUGAAAUUGCUCUUUACAGGCUGGAACCUUAAUACCUAUGCUUUAAAAUGCAAUCUGAGUGCAUUUCAGAAUGGUGAUAUCCCUGUCCAUUUAACUGUGAAACGUGAAUACCCCUGAAAUAUGGGUGCCUGAAAGCACAUCUUAGCAGUGAAAUAGAUGGACAUGUAACCAUUCCAAACUGAAGUAUGGAUGCAUCUUAAGAUAGGGGUUUCAAGGUGGAAGGUCUGUAAAAGGUGAUGUUGGAAGGUGCCCAUAGUUAGAGAUCCUUCUCUGCUGUAGGCUUGCUUGUGUGCGCGUGCUCACGCGCACACACACACACACACACAUCUAUGCAGUUACUGCAAGUCCCUUUUUAAAUUGUUUUCUGUUUGCCAUAUGUCAGAAAGAUUGUUUUAAUUAUUAUUAAAAUAAGAAAGGCAAUGCUGGCUGUGAAUAAGGUAUCAGCUGGAACUAUCUGCUGCUUUCACAGGUGUGGUUUGGCUCCAGCUUAAGAAUAAGUAAACUUUCUCCCUUGCUCUAAGGGUCUGUACAGUCUGGCUCUCCAAAUGCUAGUUUGUGUUUCACGCAGCUUGUCUGGCCUCACCUUCCAAGUUUAAUCAGUGCAUUAUGUAAAGGUCAAGAAGUCAUCUCUCUUCAGACAAGAUAUUUCUAUGAACACCUGUUAGAAAUGCAAACAGUCCCCUUCUCAGUACAAACAUUGUUUUGGAUCCAACAGCAUUUGGAAGCAGCAUUUUUUUCAGAGGAAACUUUCUGUCCUGUGUACUUUGUGCUACCCAUCUGUUAGGUGACUGACUGUAGUUGCUUCUACUCUGGGUUUGGAGAGAAAAGCAGCCUUUUAUUUAUUUCUCUAGUUUCUCUUUAAGCCACAACAAAGGCAGAGGUAUUUGCUUAGAAACUUGUGCAAACUUCCUCUCGUUUGCUGUGUGUGGCACCCAGGAGCUUCCCGUGAAGGCCUUCGAAUUGCUUGACCUUUCAGAAUAGCUUUCCAUGGAUACCAUCUGAGAUCGACGCACUCAAACACAUCUUUACACAUUAUUAUAUUAACUGGUUUGAACCAGUCUUUCCAGUUGGUGAGGGAUUUAUAGAAUAAAAGGAAAGGCAAACUCUUCAGGGAGUAUGAACAAGGCUUAGGUAUAAGGAAAUUGAUUUUUUUUUUUAAGGGAGGGAGGGUGCAUUAGCAUUGGCACUCCUAUACCAAAGCUCAUUACUGCAGGCAGAAAACAGAUAACUAGAUGUAUAAUUUUUUUCAGUGAUCAAAGAGAUUAGGAUUCAGCUUCUGAAAAUGAAAAGCCCUCCUGCUCACCCACUUACAAGUCUGUGGCUUGAGAGGGUGCACUAAAGCUGUAAGACACAUCAGGGUGGACUUUUUUUAAUGAAUACUUUUAAAUCAUUGAUUUUUAACUUCUGUCUUUUGAAUUAAAUCAUGCUGUGUAAUAUUAAUUGUUGUAAGCAUUAAGUCAGGCCUAGCAUUCUCUGUAAAGGUUCUCAUAUGUAUUUGUCUGAUUGCUAUUUGAACUGCACAUAUAAAAUGUGCUAGACAUUCCACUUGGAGUAUUAAAAGGUAUUUAAGGAAGUGAGGUUUGUGAGCAUGUGUGUGCGAGUGAGAGGAAAGGGUAAACAUGUUAGAUUUUUACCUCUUCUUUUUCCAACUUUGUCCAGAGAGGUGUAAAAUCUUCCUGUCCUUCUACCCAGGGCUGCUUCCUAACAAAAUGCUGGGUGGUUGGGCAUCUUGUGGUACUUUUGGCUACUGAUUCUGAUCCAGACACUGCUAAUAAAAUCUUUCUACACCUUUCUGCGGUCCCAUUUCUUGUGUGGUCUUUAGUGUAAGAGAAUUCCUGGGUAUGUCUUGUGUAGCAUUUCAGAGCGUCACAUUUGCCCUUGUUGUUUGCAAGGUUACCUAGGAGAGGUUGAAAUAGCUACCAGGCCUUGCAGUGUUUUGUGAGGUCCCAAGAGAGUUUCUAGUGCCUCCAGGUUGGUCCAGCCAUUGUCUGUUGAGCAAACUUGGGGCCCUAGGUUCUAACACUGGCUUCUGGCAGGACAAGCCUUUCUCACGUAGACAGUGGACUAGUGUAUCUUCAAGGGGUGGAGGAAGAGGAGCCAAGUAAUUCAAAGCAGUUUAGAGACAUAAAAAAUUAUCCUAAUGAAGAUAGCUUAGUAAGAUAUGUCAGAGCAAAGCUGUCUUCUAAUUGGAAGGCAUUUCUGAGGUUUUGUGCUCUGUGCAUCAGCCCUGAUGUUAUGCAAGUGACACUGUGUUACAGAAAUGCCAGGCAGAGAUUCUGUCCAUCACCCUUCCCAAUUAAAUGAGUUGCAAAGAGGCCAUUUCCUCUCCUUUUGAUGCCCUGCAACUCACCACCUCUUCCUCUUGUGAUAGCAAGUCCUUGACUCUCAUUUGUUCCAGCAGAAAGAACUUUGGAACCAAGCCUUGUUGCUUAAUUGGGCUGUUCUCUUUGGAAUAUAAGGACCUUGUGUGCUCCGUAUGCCAUCCAGCCACUUCUUCAGUAUUUUGUCAUCUAUGAAAUGCGGUCUUGCCCUGUAAGCUUCUGCAGAUGAAAUAGGUGCUUUUACAGAAUCAAAGGAAUCUGCAGCAGUUCUGUUGUUAUGACCUGGUGAUGUUAUAAACUUCUUCAGCCACUUGGUCUGACCUGGUACAGCUGUCUAGCAAAAGAAUUAUUAGUCUGAGGAGAGUGAAUGUGGCAUUGUGACUGUAAUACCCCUGCUCAGUAUGGUGACAAGAAAGGGUUUUCAGUUCCUCUAACCAUGGAUAUGUUUCUGCUCCUCCUAAUGUGCUGGGGAGGUUCCACUGCCUAAGCAUCUUGGGCCCUGUUGCCAAAAGUAUAGUCAAACUGAGAUGGUUUUGGACAUUCUGGUUUCCAUGCCAUAUGGGCUCUCCUAGAAGAGGGUGAAUGGCCUUGCUUAUUGAAUAAAACCAGCCCCUGUACCAUUUUUCUUCCAUCAAACACAGUGUACAAUCAAUCCCAGCCUCUGUUUUACCACAUACUACCUUUGAAAGGCACCCUCUCCCCCCUUGAUGGUAUGGUGGAUAAUUCUCCAUAACUUGCCCCGCUGCUAGCACUUUAGGCCCUUUUAUGCAUCAUCUCUUUAAGUCUGGCCUUUUGUCUUCUGCCUGUUGAGACAAACUUAAUGUUCUUCACAAAGAGAGAUCUUCCAUUAGUUGUGCUUCCAUUCUCCCAACAGCCCUCUCUUGGUCAAGCUUGUUGAUGCUUUUCUUACCCUAUGGCUGGGCAUAUGACAGCUUUCAGUCAUUUUUAAUGAAGGCUGUUAAUCUUAUAUUUCAGGGAAAGUCCCAACUUCUGUACAGUAGGGCCCCGCUUUAUGGCGUUCCGUUUUCUGGUGUUCCACUGAUGCCGUGGCUUUCAAUUAGGGGAAAUUCCCCGUUUUAAAGCCGAUUUUGUGCUUUUGCAGCAUUUUGCGGCAUUUUCGCGUGGCACAACCCAUUAUAGUCAAUGGGUUCCGCUUUAUGGCGAUUUCCGCUUUAUGGCGUGGGCCUGGUCCCUAACCCGCCGUGUAAGCAGGGCCCUACUGUACACAGUGUCAAGGAUUUAUUGAUGCAGGGCACACAAUAUCUAGAACAGCUUCUGUAGCAACUGUCAUCCUGAACUGUUCUUAUGCCACAGCUGCUGGGUGGCUGAUGCUCUGUCAGAAUGCUCUUUGUGGCUCUUUGCCCCCACCAUAAGUACUGUCACUGCACAUAAGCUUUUGCUUUGUAACAAAAAUUACAAUGGUAUCUUUUCACAUUUGUCAUUCUGGGGAAUAUUUCAGCUACACAAAACUGUUACUAAGGCUUAUUGCUAGUCAUUUAUGAUUAUUAUGAACUGGAACCUCCUGGUCACCCCAGAAAACCAGAAGCUGAUUAAUAGAUCUUUUUCUCACCAGAGUAAUUUUUUUGUGCCAUUGUAGCCUCAUGUAAUAAGGCAGCCUUCAACAAUCUGGUGCCCUCUACAUGUUUUGGACUGCAACUCCCAUUGUCGUAGCAAAACCAUCUAGAGAGUACAAGUUUGGCAUAGGCUAUGACAAGGGAGCCUUCUGUCCUUGCCCUUGCCCUUUUUAAGGGAGGUAGCCACUACCUUGUCUCUCUUUUCAUUGCAAAAAUAAAUAUCAGCACCUGAGCAGUGGCCAGAGGAGUCUGUUUCUCACUCCUAGGGAGCACAGCAAAGCAAUAGGGAAUUAAGUUGAGCCAAAGGGAAAUAAGCAUAUCCUCUAAAGGGAUUUCAUUAAAUCUGUGAGUGCCUCUUAAAAUGUUACUAUAAAUAGAACUCUUUGUCUUCUCAGUUCCCAAAUGUUCACCAAAUAGAAACCAAUAUGCAAAUAAGAUAUCUGUGAUCAUGCUAGCCAAUGGCCUACAGAUCAGUGCCUCCCUAGCCUUCCCCCCCUCCAUCUCUGUCUCUGCCUAGUGUUCAUCUGCCAUUGCCUCCCCUCUCCGCUAUAUACCCACUUGAUCUAGCUCUGCCUCUGGCUCUGAUGUAGGAGCAAGAGUGGAGCUGUCUGGAUGAGGCUCUUGGGUUCCUGGAAGGUCCCAUAAUUGAUCACAGCUGCUCAUGUUAGACCUCUUCAGCCCACUUCACACAUGCUCCUUUCGUACACAGAGAGAGCCAUGCGCCAUCUUCCUGGCACAGAAUCAUGAUGAAACAGACAACUAUCUUUUUCACCAUGACGGUGUGCAUAGCCCUAAGCUUUCUCGUUGCUCUCCUGUUGCCAGUUAGUUUCUUUUAUAUCUUUUGCAUUUGGCUAGAUCAUUGUAAAAUGCCCUAGCUGUUCUAAGAUGACCUCAGGAGUUCUGGUUUGCAGUUAGACGGUCACCCUAAGACUUGUUUCUUACAGAAAAUAGUGAAAACGAGUGGAGUUUAAAUGGGUUUUGUUACCUGUGUGUGCCCUUUUUCCUAAGUGGGUCUUUUUACACUGUAUUGCUAUCAAGGGUUUUCUAAGGAUGUUUUUUGUGUGUUUUACUUUAAAAUGCAAUGUGAAUAUAUGCAUAUAUGUAUAUGUGUGUAUAAAUAUAUAAAUCUAUAUAUGAAUAGUAGAUGCUGUGUUAACAUAGCAUCCAGCUAAUGAUUGAAAUGCUUUCCUAGGUGCAGGGUAAAUGCUGCCUUUUCUCCCUGGGCAGUCACAAAAACUAGAAUAAUAUUGUAAAUAGUUUUAAAAUAUUUAUUUCCUGUACUUUGUGCUAAAGAGUCUUGGGAGUGCUGUUGGUUUGCAAUGUAGUAUUUUGCAGGGGGGAAUGUGUUUCUUACUGCAAAAAUAAUUGGACACAGGGAGAAGGACUGGCAUCUAGUCUGUAGUUUAUGUUGCAAAAUGAAGGUCCUGGAUCUCAUUGAGUUUGCAUUUGGGCUAUAUUGAAAAUAAAUGAAUUAAUGCCACUUGCUCACAUAAUUAAAUACUCCAUAUUAAAAAGUCAUUUCACAUUGAUAACUAGGUAUCGGGAAUAAUUGUUUUAGCCUAUCCUCCUUGAUAGCUAGAUUUCUAUAUGUGGGAAUGUUUUUGUAAGGAGGAGCAUUCAAUCAUGUGAGCUCUCACCUACAGUACAGGCUUACAACCUUAAUAAAAACUAAGCCUAAAUUGAGUCAAAACAUUACAUGAAUUUUCUACAAUUUUCUACAAUCUCAUUUUCUGUGGAAGUGUGUUGAAGUUUCCAGCUGUUAAGUACAGUUCUGGGUAGAGUGCUUUGUCAUGUGCAUCUUGAGGCACAGUACAUGUGAGCAAUAAGAAUUUUAGUAAUAAUAUUUUCAGUGAUUACAUGUAUAAGUCCUUAUGGCAUGUUUGUAUAAAUGUUUGUGCACAUUUUAUUGAAGGCUGCUUCUUUCAGUGGCCUUGCCAUUUUGAGAAAGAGACAUGCUUCAGCAUCUCUGCAUGCUUAUUCACCAGUGCAGGGAAUACCCAGGGUUUAGGUCCAGCCUAGAGAAAGUGUCCAUUGGGCAAGUGGACUCAGGGAUCCUCAGGGGAGCUUUUACUGGGAAUGGGAUGAAGGAAAUGCCAAUGGCACAACUGAGAGAAGUGUUGCUGUCCUCUAAAUGUAAUUUGCAGCUGACUCUUGUCAUCUGGACAUCACCUCUUGUAUAGUGUGCUUGAUGCUUCCUGUGCCCAUCAGUUUUAGAAGAUUAAGCCAAUCCUUCAUAACACCCCAAAUUCCCAGCCCCAUUUUUCUUUUUACUUGGGUUGUGUUUAUGUGUAUUUUAUUUUGUUCCUUUGAAUCAUAAAGUGUUUGUUUUCUGCUUCCUUUCUCCAACGUCCCCUGUGUUGUAUUAUGCUAUUUAGGAUGCCUCUUUUAUUUGUGAUGAUUGCGUACCUUUUGGUUUUUUAAAGUUAGAAUUGUGUGGAAGUUCUUACGGUCUUAUUUCUUGAUGUUGUCUAUUUUGACCAUUCAGAAGUACCACCCCAUCACUCCUCUCUUUGUAAACUUUGAAAACAUAACAAUUUCCCAUCUUGUGCCACUAUUUCAUAACGUAGCUCCUUUCUAACAAUUCCUCUGCUUGCACCCUCCUUCUGCCACCCGAAAAGCUAACUCCUGCCUAUAUCUGUUGUAAAAGUCUCCCAUUCUCAUAUGAAGUUGUUGAAGGGAUGGGGGAAGACUUGUAGUCUUCUGCAGUCUGUCUUUUUGUAAGGGCUUUCAUGAAGUCUUAGGAUAACCUCCUGCGCAGUUGAAUGAACCCUCAUCAAUGUGUUGUUCAACAGUCAACAAGCCUACAGAUAUGUUUGGCAAUUCCUAGGGUUCCCUGUGCUGAUUUAUAUUCAUUGCAUUCUUCAUGCAGUGUCUCACAAGUAUCUUUAUUUGCUGCGUCUAAAAGAGUCCUACCUACUCCAUCUGAAGAACCAGAUGUUGAGGACUCUCUUUUCUCUACUCCCCUUCCCACACACACCCCAGGUCUGGUACUGUGCAUAUCAGCCAAACCCAGAGUGUGAUCGUGUGUGGUGCAUUGACAGGCUUAUGUUGGACUCUGCUUCCCUUCAGGGCACUAGGAAAUGCUGUGACAUUAGAAAAAGAACGUGUCUGCUGUGAACUGUUGAUAAAAACGUGUCAUUAGAUGUUUAUAUACCUCACCUGAAGAGCAUUUGAAAAUGUAUAUAAAAAUAAAGGUUUUAUUCAGUUGCUUUCUAACCGUUGGGCAUACCUACAAUACCUAGGGCUACUUUACCAUGGAAAUUGUAUCAAAUCUCUUUGAUUACUUUUGUGACCGCUUCAUGCUUUGUUGUGCGUUUCAUUUCUUUGACUCACCUUUGGAAGAUGCUGUGUUCUUGUUACUGACCAAGGGUCCCUGUGUGAGGUUUAUACCUUUUUGGCUCUUUCUGUGCUUCUUUCUCCUCUUUUAUGCAUUGUUUAUGUACCCUGUGUGCUCUAAGGAUUCUUCUUUCAUUGUUGCUUAUUAAACAUUUCUUUUAUAUCGGUA